CUCAGUUCGCCGCGAACUGCCGUCUGAGUAGUGUUGUCGACAUAUCGUAUAAGAACAAUAUAACCGCACCGGUACUAUUUGAACCGGUACACGUAAUUUUAAGUAUAAAAUACUAGUAUAACAUAAAAAAAAGUGUCGAGUUAUUUGAUGUUUGUGUAGAACAUAUACGUUUUAUUUGAGUGCAAAAGUGAUUUCGUUUUGCAUUUCUUUGGUGUGAAAUCUCGCUGAGGUGUGAAGUCACAAUGAACGGUCUCAACGGUCACAGCAACGGUGAGGUGAACGGUGCCGGCGACAUCAUCACGCAGAACCAGCAGCGCGGCUGGUGGACCAUCGGGCUGAUCAACUCCCGCUACCGGUACCUCACCGCGGAGACCUUCGGCUUCAAGAUCAACGCCAACGGUACCAGCCUCAAGAAGAAACAGAUAUGGACCCUGGAGCCAGCUGGAAAUGCUAAUGACAGUAUGAUCUACCUGCGGUCUCACCUGGACAAAUACCUGGCGGUGGAUUCCUUCGGGAACGUCACCUGCGAGUCUGAGGAGAAGGAGGCCGGCAGCAAAUUCCAAAUCAGUGUGUCUGAUGACAACAGCGGCCGGUGGGCGCUGCGCAACGUGGAGCGAGGUUACUACCUCGGCUCCAGCUCCGACAAGCUAUGCUGUACUGCCAAGGUGCCAGGGGACGCGGAGCUGUGGCACGUACAUCUGGCUGCUAGACCGCAGAUGAACCUGCGUUCCAUCGGCCGCAAGCGCUUCGCCCAUCUCUCCGAGACCCUGGAUGAGAUACACGUCGACGCUAAUGUGCCCUGGGGUGAGGACACGCUGUUCACCCUGGAGUUCAGGGCUGAUGAAGGCGGGAAGUACGCCUUACACACGUGCAAUAACAAGUACUUGAGCGCCGGCGGAAAGCUCUUGGACACCUGCACACCCGUGUGCCUCUUCAGCGCGGAGUACCACGCGGGAGCGCUAGCUCUCCGGGACGGUACCGGAGCCUAUCUGGCUCCCAUCGGCUCCAAGGCCGUCCUCAAGACGCGCUCCACAGCCGUCACCAGGGACGAGCUGUUCUCCCUGGAGGACAGCCUCCCGCAGGCUGCCUUCGUGGCCGCACUGAACGAGAAAUAUGUGUCCGUUAAACAAGGUGUAGACGUGACCGCCAACCAAGACGAGAUCUCCUCCCACGAGACCUUCCAGCUGGAGUUCGACUGGGCGACCCGUCGCUGGUACAUCCGCACCAUGCAGGACCGCUACUGGACCUUGGAGACGGGCGGCGGCAUCCAGGCCAGCGGUGACAACAAGUCAUCGAAUGCCCUGUUCGAGCUGGAAUGGCAGGGCGAUGGCGCGGUGGCCUUCAGAGCCAACAACGGUAAAUAUUUGAACACCAAGCGCUCGGGACAUCUGUACGCCAACGUGGAUGCUAUCGAUGACAACUGCAAGUACUACUUCUAUCUUAUCAACAGGCCCAUUUUGGUGCUGAAGUCUGAACAAGGCUUCGUGGGCCCCAAGGGCGUGAAACUAGAAUGUAAUAAGGCCAACUACGAGACAAUACAGGUCAUCCGCGGGCCCAAGGGAGCCGUUUACUUCAAAGGACAAAACGGCAAAUACUGGCACGCGGACAGCGAGAGCGUGACGUGCGACUCGGACUCCCCUCAGGGCUUCCACCUGGAGCUCCGCGAGCCCACGCGCCUCGCCAUCCGCGCCGCCGCCGGCCGCGAGUACCUCGCCGCGGCCAAGAACGGGAACUUCCGCCUCGUCGGAACCGACCUCAGCUCCGCCACGCACUGGGAGUAUUAAGCUAGCAUCCUGGAGACUCCUCGAGGUCCACAGUCGGGCAUCGUGGUACCACCACGCCACGAGACCAAUUUUACAAUUUACCGUACGAUAGUAAUGAUGUUUACAAGUUCAUUAAUCAGAUUUUUGUAAUGCAGUUCUAGAUCAGAAUCAAAAAUCAUUUAUUCAUGUAGAGGACAUUUUAGCCGCUAAUGAACGUCAAAUUUCAAGUCCACUUCAGUUGGCGUUGGAAACAGUUUGAAAAUGAUAGUUUUGCGAUUAGGUAAGAACUUGACAUUUGCUGUUUCAAACUAUAUGUAUCACUAUGUAUCAAAUGUAUAAUAUAAAGCGGGUUCUUGCGAAUCAUACUUUAUCAAAAUUUACGGUCUAAGUUCUGAUAUUGUAGUUUUUACAAACUGCAUCGUCUAGGUGUAGCUUUAAUUAUAAAGAGUAACAAGUUACAACUCAAACGUCUUACAUUUAGGACUUUAUUACACGCGUCAUUGAUGUGAAAUUUGGAUGUUUAACAUAUACCUAUAUUUUUUAUAUCAGUACAGGAUUUUGUAUGAAAUUGUUUCUUUUAUAACGCCAUGAUUAGUAUUGCGGCUUGUAUAUGAAUUAAAAACGUUGUAAUAUAGUUGUAUAUAUAUUUUACAUCUAUAUUGUAACGUUAACGUUGUACUAUCGUACCAUGUUACGGUAAAUUAUAGAAGCGUCCAUUACCACUAAUCGGAACCUGGCCCGCUCGACUGAAUCUCUUUAUUCCACAAUACUCUUCCAUAGCGUAUCCGAGUAGAAUUAAAAAUUUACGUUUUGGAAUCUGCUGGCGUGGGACUUAAUUUAUCAAUCGUCCAUUAAAAAUGUGAACGACUGCGAGUGAACGUCCACAGUUGGCGCCAUUCUGAACUUUUGCCGCCAUUACGUGUAAAACAAGAUGGCGGCGUCCGAACGACCCAAUCAGCUGAUUCCGGCGAGAAUCUGCUGCCAAUGGAUUUUAUAAUGUGAAAAAUGGAAUGUUAGUCAAUGCACGGAAGCAUUGUCGAUGUACAUUCUGCAGAAAAAAAUGUUGUUUCUCUGAAGGCGUCAACUGCGGCGCAACGCCCGCAUUUGCAUUUAAUACGUUAAGGGUUUAAAAAGCGCGAUUGCGCGAAUGUGAUCAAAUGAAAUAUCGCUUCACUUUAAUAUUAUUAUAAUCAUAGAUUAUUUUACUUUACCGAUAGAUCUGCCGUCACUAUUGCUUGUUUCAAAAAUUUUUUUUGAUGUUUCGUGACCGUCGCUCGUGCUUGAAAUUAUUUAUUUUUAGAUAUACGAUAAUUAAUUAGUAUCGGGGGACAUUAUUGCAUAUUUCGAGACUAUUUAUUGGGUAUUGUGUCUAGUCGAUGGAUUUUAUACAUUUGUACGGACUUAACGCUUGUCGCCGUCUCGUAGGUUAGUGGGAAGGUAACAUCGUUAGACUGAAGUCUACAGAGUUGAAAUAUAGAUCAGUAAAUUCAGUAAUUAAGUUUAAAAGGGAUUGACGCAAUACCAGACCGCGUGCUAGCGGAGUACAGCGUGCACUCACACCUUAGGGCGGUAUUACAUUAUCAUAUAUUGCAUCAUAUCUACAUUUAGUCAAACAUAAUAGAUAUAUUCAAUAACUGCUAAGCUAUGUCUUCAUAAAUUGACAAAUAAAAGUGGUUUUGAUUCAAUAUAUACAUAUGUAUGUAUUACGUGUCUGUACACGCAUCGUUUGCGCCCCGUACGUUGCUCAAUUCGUAUAUCGCACGGAGUCUGGCCUAUAACUAGUUAAGUUAUUGUAAGUAACGUUAGGAUUAAGCUUAAUAUGAGACAUCCCGCCAGUCCAUAAAACCACUUGUAUAAUGGAAUCCUCGAGUUUUUGACUAUUUUACAUGAAAAUACAUUUAUAGUAUGUACUGGUGCGUAACAGAUAUCUUGUAUAUAAGCGAUUAUUUGAAUGUAACGGCGCAACACUUGCAGCGCGGGAAGCGUAUCUCUUAUAAUGUUUUUUAUAAUGAACAAAACGUUUAAUAAAUAUUUGUACUACAUAAUUGCUGAUCCUGAAACUUAUCAUUUGUACGAUAAUGUCUUUGUAAACUAUUAAUUAAUAAAUUAUAAUCAUAUUGUA